ACGUAGUGUUUCAGGAAGCGGCGGCUGGAGACUGUGAAAACUUCGGGUUAAGAGCUUCAUGGUGUGGAACCAUCGCGCUGUAAAGGCGACCAGACAUGGAGAACUGGAGUCUUGCUUCACUGUGUGUUCUGAUCGCACUCACGGCGAGAUGGGCGGUGUCGUUUAACUCUUACUCAGGAGCUGGCAAACCACCUAUGUUUGGGGAUUAUGAAGCGCAAAGGCACUGGCAGGAAGUGACGUAUAACCUCCCCGUUCAGGAAUGGUACUUCAACACUACAGACAAUGACCUGAACUACUGGGGCCUGGAUUAUCCCCCACUCACAGCCUACCACAGUCUCAUAUGUGCACAUGUUGCAAAGAUGAUUAAUCCUGCUUGGGUGGAGUUGCAUACCUCCAGAGGUUAUGAGAGUGACUCACAUAAAUUAUUUAUGAGGGCCACAGUUCUCGUCGCAGAUAUAUUGAUCUACAUUCCUGCAGUUCUUCUGUACUGCUUCUACCUCAGCAAUGGAUCCUUCAAAAAGAAGGUUUCCAUGGCUUUGUGCAUCCUGCUUUAUCCAGGACUCAUCCUAAUCGACUUUGGUCAUUUUCAAUACAACAGUGUUAGUCUGGGCUUGGCGUUGCUUGGUGUAGUGGGACUCGGUUUGGGUCGGGACCUGCUUGGAUCUCUGGCCUUCACCUUGGCUCUCAACUACAAACAGAUGGAGCUGUACCAUUCAUUGCCUUUCUUCUGCUACCUCCUAGGCAGGUGUAUUAAACAAGGCCUUCUGGGCAAAGGGCUGCUUCAGUUGGUGAAGAUCUCAUUGACUGUGCUGGUGACUUUUGCACUCUGCUGGUUGCCCUUCCUGUCAGAUCCACAGCAGAUCCAGCAGGUUCUGCAUCGCUUGUUUCCAGUUGACCGUGGUUUAUUCGAGGAUAAAGUGGCUAACACAUGGUGCAGCUUGAACGCCCUGAUGAAGAUCAAGAGCCUGCUGUCCAGAGAUACUCAGCUGCUCCUCAGUUUUGCUAUGACUCUCCUAUUCACCUUGCCUUCGUCAAUUAAAUUGUUGACCAAACCCACCCUAUGGCAGUUUAAAUUGGCUUUGGUGAACUCCUCACUGGCCUUUUUCCUCUUCUCCUUUCAAGUCCACGAGAAGUCCAUCCUGCUGCCUGCCUUGCCAGUGUGCCUUUUGAUGAAUGAACUUCCACUAAUGGCCAUUUGGUUCCUGAUGGUGUCCAUCUUCAGCAUGCUGCCUCUUUUGCUGAAGGACGGUUUGCUCCUGCCUUACGUGGUGACCUCAGUGGCCUUCCUCUUCUUCAGUGUAUAUCUUUUCUCAGCUCUAGGAAGAACCUCAGAGGAGGAGCUCAGACUGGGCCCGUUUCACAAAAUCACCCAGUACUUCCUGUCCAAACGCUCAUUCAGCCGACUAAUUAAGUUCACAUUUGGAGCCUCAUUGGUGAUCAUGGCUGGUCUGAGCUUUUUGAGUGUGGCAGUGGAUCCUCCAGCUGAUCUGCCAGAUUUGUUUCCAGUUCUAGUUUCCCUUUUCUCCUUCUAUCUGUUCCAAGUUAUGCUGCUGUAUUUCAACCUAGUCCAACUGACCGACCUGACCAACAAAAAGAGCCAAAAGAAGACAAACUGAAACAGAGGGUCUAUUUCAAAAGAGGAUAUUAUGGAGAAUGAUGAUUAAGGAAAAGGGAGAAUUCCAUGCAUUAGAAUAAAUUGGAUCUAAUUCAGGAAAUUGAAUUUCCUCUUAUUAAAUAGCUGGAGAAAAUCUUCUCUGUUUAAAAUAGUGACUUAGUUGGAAUGGAGGGAAAGUUUUGCUGAUUUACAAAAGAAGGAUUAUAACAUAUACAAA